AGAUUUGCCAACUUUCCCAACUAGUACACAAUUCGGAGAUUGAGAUGACACUGAGCUGCAUCGAAGAUAGCCAGGGUGCUUCGAGUUUUCCUUUCUUGAAGUUGCCGCCGGAAUUGUGUGUGCGGAUUUUGAAACACUUGAGACAGGAUGGAGUUGCAUCACUUUGGGAUCGUGGGCAAUUUCGUCAUUUUCGUCUUGUUUGCCAUGCGAUGAAUGACAUUAUUGAGAAACAUCGAGCCACUAUUGGACCAAUGCUAGUGGAUAGAUUAUUCAUCGGACAGCACAGAACUUUUAAUGUUGGCCCAAAGCGUUUUGUGGUGUCAGAUCCCACUGAACUACCAAAGUGCUUAGAUUCAUGCGCCCACUCUUACAUUUUACAGGCCGUGUUCUAUGCGGUUUCGCUUGACUCCUUUACAAUCAAGCUUAUAACUGAUAGCCUGCGACAGAAUCACAUACAUGUAAGCGGAAUGAUCUUUUAUGGCGUUGAGUUCACCUGCAAGGCAAAUUUGCUUGUUGACUUGUUCGAAGCUGCGCGAUGCUCAUCUUUAUUCAUUAUCGACUGUAUGCUCACCAAUGAAGUGGCAGAAUUCCUCGCUCAUCAUCAGAUCAUCGUAGAGCAGCUGCAAACGCAUUUCGUUGGAUCUUCCGACAGUUUUGAGGUGUAUCGAAGUAUAAUCGUCCCACGAGUCACUUGGUCAAUACAUUUGACCAGCUUUCUGGAGUUGACCCUACCUUCGCUAUCAGAAACACUUGGCCAUGCUCAAGUCACUCGUGAUGACAACCUUCCUGUUGGACGAUAUCGUGUCUGUCGUGAUGAAGAUUAUGAGCGCGAGAUUGUGCUUGCACAUCAACCAUUGAAGAGACCUGAAACAUUCGAUGUAGCCCUUUUAUUGAUACUACAGGAUUUCUAUACUUUUCAUCCUGAUUCUGUCAGUCCGUACCUUGAAUCAGCUAGUUUGCAAGGUUUCCGUACAGAUUUGGGUCUUUGACGACACUUUAUUGUUCUUUAAACUACCACUAGUUUUCCAAUUUCCUAUGAAUCCUUUGAGAAAAAAAUUGAAUUAGAAGACAACUAAAACAGCCGCUUUUGUAGGUGUCAUUCUCAAACGACAUAUAUAAAUACAAUAAUUUAGGUUUCUCAGAAAAUUUUGGAUGAUGAAGAGUUUUGUCAGCUACAAACUUACACUAUCAGUUUCAUGUAACACUAAAAUUUUGAUUUCGUUGAUCUUUGAAAAGGCGACAAGUUCUAAUUCUUCAUCAGCAAA